CUAAGGUAAACCCAGCCCAUUGACUUGGGGAUUGCCCCAAAGCUUUCCCCCCAUCCAAAAAGAUCAUCAACAGCUAUCCGUAUAGCCAGCUUGCUCCGAGAUCCUACUCGACCACCGUCGUAGAGCACAUCAACUCAUACGCGAUUACAUAUCAAUUGACCGUCUUCCCCCCUCUUACUUGCGACUCAUAAGCUCCAGGGGGUCUAUCAGUCGCACCACGGGUCCUCUCCCCUCCAUCCGUCCGUCCGUCCAUCGCGCGAGCAGCCCGGAUUGCAAGCAGGAGACAGAGACCCCAACUUGUCGAAGAUGUCGUGGCGCAUUCAGAACCUGCCCGAUUCCCAGACGAAUCCCUCAGGCGCGGCGCUAGGAGGCGGAGGAGAACGAGACCGUGGCAGCAAGAAGUCAAAGUCAAAGUCCACGUCGGACGGGCGCGGCGCGAUCAAGAGGCUCAUCAAGGAGCUCGACGUGUGGCGGUCGGAGAAGAAGGAGGAGAGGGGCAUUGAGAGGUUGGGCCCCGUCGACGACGAGGAUUUGUUGACGUGGGAGGCUGUUGUUAACGGGCGGGGGAUCGGGAACGGGUAUGAUGAGGGCCGCUGGCUCCUACACAUCCAGAUCCCGACAGACUACCCCAUCCGCCCGCCGACGAUACGCUUCGCGACGCCCGUGGUGCACGCCAACAUUGCGCUGCAGACGGGCGAGAUCUGCCUCGACCUGCUCAAGGACGCCUGGACGCCGGCCUACAGCGUCCUCGAGAGCGUGCGCGCCGUGCGCACGCUGCUCGCCUACCCGGAGACGGACUCGCCGCUCAACGUCGACGUCGCGGCGCUGCUGCGCGGCGGGGACGUGCUGGGCACGCGCGCGCUCGUCGAGUUUUGGUGCCGCGAUGACGAGGGGCGGUAUGAUGGGCCGUAGAGGCAGGGCAGCGUUAGGAUGGGGAAGGGGAGGGGAGGGGAGGUUGCUUUGCUGGGUGACGGCUCAUACAGGGUUUGACUUGGGAGAAACUAGCCCUGCCUAGCUGGCGGGUAGACUAAUGUAUUCCAGUCUUCUGAAGGGAGAAGAAUUUGGGUUGGAUUUCAGCACCGGUUUAUGUUUUUGGAUAAGAUAACUUGACAACAUCAUAUAUAUAACGUGUACAUGGAACGGGAUGGGACGGGAAGGGACGGAAGGCUUGUUUGGUAGGGAGUAUCCAGAUGGUUAUCAUCAUCACUCAAUGACAGAUUGUAUAAUUGC